AUGUCACAUAAUUCAAAUGGCAUAACCUCGAGUAGAGGAUCUAUUCAGAGUCGCAAUUCGAACGGGAGAACACAAUUAAACAACUUGCAUGCUCAUCAAUCUUUGAGAAUUCCAGCACUUUUGGAGGUAAAGUCCAAGUUUGAUGCAGAAUGGAGGCGAUUCUCGCUGGAUGCUGAUCCUCAUGCUCCUACUUAUGAUUCUUUUCGCAGCUUAGUCGAGAAGCUGCAUAAGUUGGAGAGUGUUCCAUUUACUCUGUGCUAUACAAGUCUCGCUGGAGAUUUGCUGCCAAUAACAAACGAUGAGAAUUUACGUAAGUCGUUUGAGUCAGCAAAACCAACUCUUAGACUACUAAUACAAAGGAAAGGUGAAUCAUGGGAAGAAAAAUAUGGUUAUGGAACCGAUAGUGAUAGAAGAAAAAAAGGCUUGUCUUCUCUAAUUACGGCGCAAAAAACACCAAAGAGAAACUAUCUGAUCUCUAAUCCUGAAGACUUCAGACAAGUUUCUGCCAUUAUUGAUGUUGAUAUUGUUCCGGAAGCUCAUCGGAGAGUUCGUUUGUGCAAACACGGUCAAGAUAGACCGCUUGGAUUUUAUAUAAGAGAUGGAACAACUAUGCGAUUGACAGAGAGAGGUGUUUGCAAAGUUCAAGGAAUUUACAUUUCUCGGCUUGUCGACGGUGGCUUAGCAGAGUCUACCGGCUUACUCGGAGUAAAUGAUGAAGUACUGGAAGUGAAUGGUAUAGAUGUUGCUGGGAAAUCUUUGGACCAAGUAACAGAUAUGAUGGUAGCGAACGCUCACAAUCUCAUUAUAACCGUUAUUCCUGCAAAUCAACGAAACACUCUCCAACGACCCCUACGAGAAAUGAAACGUCGAGAAGAAGCAGAUGACUCGGACUCUGACGAUGAAGUUAUUGACUAUCAAUAA